AUGUCAUAUAAGAGGCACCAGAACCACCAGAGCACAGUGUUUACUGUUUCCAGUGUACAGAUACUGUCGUGGCUGCACCUGCUCAUGGCCGCACUCUAUACCCAGGCUACCAGCAACUACAGCAUGGUGCCACCUUGUACAAAGAUCCCUGACAUGCUCCUGCGGUACUUCCUGUCACCGUCUUAUGGCAUCGAGUUCUGCAUUGGUUUUCCUGGCAAUUUUGUGGUUGUACUUGGUUACAUAUUUUGUUUGCAGCAGUGGCAGAGCUGCAACAUUUACCUCUUCAGCCUGGCUGUCUCCGACCUAAUUUUCCUCUGCACUCUGCCACGUCUCGCGUACCUCUAUGCAAACGACCAAUCAGAGACCAGUCCCUAUGCUUGCAUUAUCAACCGCUAUGUUUUGCAUGUAAAUCUUUACACUUCCAUCCUGUUUAUGGUUUUGCUAAGCAUGGACCGCUUCCUGCUCAUAAGAUAUCCAACACGGAACCACUACCUGCUGAGGCCACAAUCAGCCUUGAUCGUAACAGGGCUGAGCUGGCUAGCUGUCAAUGUGGAAGUUGCUCCAAUGAUAUCACUGAUGAUUGAUGACCUCCAGGGUGGAAACUGGAGUCGCUGCAGGGAUUUUGCCAGCUUGGAAGGAGACAUCAAUACAUUGGGCUACAGCCUGGGACUAACCCUGAUUGGUUACCUUCUCCCUGUGCUUGGACUUUGUGGUUUCUCCUACCAAAUUGCACAUCUGCUCCGUGUCCAGGAAAGGGCUGUCCAGAACAGGACAACAUCAUACAAGCGGCCUUUGAGGGUUGUUGUAAUGGCUGCAGUCAUGUUUCUGGUUCUCUACACUCCAUUCCAUGUGCUGAGAAAUGUCAGAAUAGCAUCUAAUGAGGCCUGGGCAGGGCUGUGUACAAAGAUGUACAUACAGGGCCUGUACAUUCUGACCCGACCGUGGGCCUAUUUGCACAGUGUCAUCGGCCCUGUCUUCUACUUCCUCAUGGGUGACAAGUUCAGAGAGCUCCUAUUUGCCAAGCUCAGAAAGCUGGGCAGAAUGAAAGAGCAGCAAAGAGGACCAGACUGA